AGGGAUCAAUAUGGAAAUCAGUGGCCUGCCUAUAUACAGCACCGAGUAAACUACUUGUACUACCUAGUAGCAAUGUUCACUCGAAAUUAUUGGGGGUAGAUUUUUAAACACUUUUGAGGGAAAUCACACGUUACAAAGUAAAAGAGUAAUAACAUUUGAAUGUAACUUGCUGUGCUGAUUUUUUUCUUAUUGGAAUCCUUUUGGAUUUGGAAUCUCAUAAACCGAGUAUAUAGAUUGGAAUAAUAAGAUGGCCACAAAUCAGUGUUCCACCAUCGAACCUAUGCUUAUUGAUCACAUAGAAGUGAUAUCUGAUGACACAGGUCUGAUAGUUAUGAUGUCCAUCACAUCCAUAAUUACAGUCAUCCUUCUUGUUGGAUUCAUUGAAUCUAUUACCUUCGUAGCAACCAAGAUACCUCAUAGAGAUCGUUCUAUCAGUCUAAUAUGGAUGCUCGCUAUCUAUCCGAUAUUUGCAGUGACGUCACAGAUGGGUCUUUUCAUCCCAAGGGCCGUGUUGAUGUGUAAUCUUACUGCAUCCAUCUUCUUUUCGGUCAGUCUCUACCAUUUUGUACAGUUGAUCAUUUACUAUUAUGGCGGCCAUGAUGCUACUGUGACCAAGAUAAGUGAGAUGCAAAUACUAGGCACACUCCAACUUACCGAGGAGAGCUUUUAUCGACUUAAAAUUUGCAUAUAUCAAAUGGCUUUACUUCGCCCUGUCGUCCUGUUCAUCGAGGACAUCCUAUGGUUGAAUGAAUCUUACGACACAAGUUCGAUCACCAUCAACGACGCAUACGUCUAUCUUAACCUGUUCACUCUUCUAUCAUCUCUGGUCGCCAUCAUCGCCCUGAUCAUUCUCUUCCUCGCAUCACGAGAACAUCUCAGGGCUUUCUUUAUCACCAUUAAAUUCGUGAUCGUCGGUCUCGCUAUGUAUUUCAGUAAUAUUCAGAUUCUUCUCUUUGAUGUGCUUACAUUUACUGACGUCAUCAAGUGUUCCAAGCCAUUUGAUUGGGAAACAAGAGGCAGUAGUUGGCAAUGUCUCUUUCUGAUCGUCGAAUCCGCGCUUCUCUUCCCAAUCGCUCUGAAAUACUUCCGUACCAGGAAUGGUAACAUGGUAGGUGUACUAGAAAUCCCUCGUUUCAAGUUCACCAAAGCCCCUACUGAUAACUUCAAUCCAACAUUCAACUACGAAGGAUUUUACGGAGGAACCCCUCCAGCUAACCCACAGGUUGAGAGGUUAAGAACAGGAACCAAUGACAGUUUACCCCUAACUAAAUCAAGAAGCUCAUCCUCGAUCGGAUUUAAUUCUUACAUAACCAUGUGAAUUAAUUGAUCAUUGCAAUUAAAUAUCUAUCAUAAAAUUUAUUACCUUGGUUGCAGUGGCGUACAGAUGGGGGCUUGGGCCCCCCCCCCCCAUUUUCACGACCAAGUAAAAGAAAGAAAAGGGGAAAAAUAGAUUUUUGUGAUAAAAAUAUCAAAAAAUUUUACUCGCUCGCUUCGUUUGCUCAUAACUUUUUAUCAAUAUUUCCUGAUGAGCCACAUCUGGCCCCUUCAAAAUAUUUGACUUAUUACGCCACUGCUUGGUCGUAAUUAUAUUCUUUUUAUUGCUGUAAUUAUCAUUAUCAUGCAAAACAACAGCAGACGUUUCAUAUUCAUAGUAAACUAAAACAGAAUGACUUUGAAAAAUUACUAAUUAUAAUAUUGUGAAUUUACAACAAAAAUAAGCUAGGUUAUUGUCCCGGUUAUUGUUCACUAAGUUUGUGUAUGAACUGAGACAUACGAGACAACUUAUGUCACCAACAAUACGUUUAGAUUUUAAAUGCUAUUUAAAAAAUAAGAGAAGGUUAUAUACAAGGAAGAUGCCUUUAAUAAGUUUGGAUAUCAGUUGCUUAAGGCAUUUUCCAAAUGUCUUAAUUCUUUCUGAAAGCAUGAUGCAACACAUCUAUAAAAACUUAUUUAAUAAAUGAAAUUUAAAAGAAAACAUUAGUUUACCAUAUUUUGUUGUACAUGUAUUUUGAAAGUAUUUCAUGUUUAAGAAAUGAUGGUUAAUAUGAUGUUUGUCAAACAAGAGAAAAAUAAUUGUAUAUUUGAUGAAUGCAUCCUAGAUUUUUGUGGUGGGUAUUUUGACUACACUAAUGAGGAAAUGAUGACAUCACUUACUUACAAGUUCUUUUGUUUUUAUAAAGUGAAAUAUGAAAUUCUCCCCAUUAUAAUGUUUCCUCCCUGAAAUAUGCAUGGGAUUGCGUCUUUUUGUAACCUUUUAUAGUUCAAUGAACAAGGAUUCCUUUAAUGUCAAACCUGCAAAAAUUGAAAUAUUCUAUAAUAAAAUACAAAAUAAAUAGUGAGUGUGUGACAUCAUCGGCUCUCUUAUUUGGCUGUCAACUGUGCAUAUAACUAUAAGAACUGUUUUGAGAAAAUAAGUAAUUAAAUACAUUUUUAAUGUCAUAUAGCUUUCUAAUCUUACAUCUGAUUUUGACAAAUUUUGAGCAUUAUACCUGUUUGAUUUUAAUAAUAAUUAUAAUUUUAAUUGAAAUUUAUAUAGCGCUUAAUAGUCAAAAGACUCUCUAUGCGCUUUACAAAAUAUAUUGAAUUACUAAAUUACUACAGCCGGGGUAAUAAUAAUAUACCAAGUAUAUUUCAGCGCCUUGAACACAUAAUCAAUGUGGAUUUGGCGCUUUAUAAAUACUUUAUAUUACUCUUCCUAUUACAAAUUAAAUCAAUACAUACAAGUUACAUAUAUAAAAACUGAUAAUAUUUAACAACAUACUAUAUUGAACAUUAAAAACAUUAUUUAAGAAUGAAUUUUGCACUAGUUAUUAAAAUAAUUUGUUUUCUUAGUUGGAGCUUGGCCUUUAAUACUGUAUUGAUGACGUGGCGAAAGGGGAAAAAUACCAGUGGGUAGGCUAUUGAUGAAUGCGUUAUCAUCUUAUUUCAAGUGCUGUUUUUGUACGAUUUAAUUAUUUUCCUCCAGAUUAAAUCAUUUCAAUAUAUCUGUGUAGGUAUGUAGGAUUUAUUCUCGAAGAUUUUUUUUAAUUUUUUUGGGGGAGGUCGUUGCCAACUAAUGGGGGUAAUCAAUAUAAUGGGUAAACAAGAGUCAUAGCGAUUCGCUGUGUUCAUAAGCAGGAAAAUGUUCAUCAAAUAAAACAUUGUUCAAACAGGACGAUGAUAAAGCA